CGGCGGAUCUCGCAUCCUCCGCGGGGCGGCUGUGGAGGAGGCGGCGCCCCGGCGGCGGCGGACCGACGGAUCGACGGCCAAGGGAGCGCAGACCGACGGCCGGCCGCCCGGAGGGGAUUGCGGCCGGAGGCAGCGGCGGCGGACGAUGCGCGGCCCCAGGGCCCGCGCGGGCGGGCGCUGCCCCGGGGGCUGACCGCAGCCGGACGGCGCCCCAGCACCGGGCGAGGGAACCCGCGUCGCGCGGAGCUGCUCAAUGGAAGGAGCUUAUUAUUUCUCAGAGCCUAGAACUUGCUUCCCAUAUGACUGCUGAGAAAGAAAGAAGACUAAGAGGGAACCUGUGCUGCAGUGAGGGCACAAGUUCGAUCUGAUCCAAAGCCCGAGAUCAAGUUGGGCCCAGGAUCUGGCCUGGAGCAGGAGCCUCAGGCACAGCUGGACUGCCCCUGUCAUGCAGAAGGAACUGGGCAUUGUGCCCUCCUGCCUUGGCAUGAAGAGUCCCAGGCCCCUCCUCCUCCUACCACUGUUGCUGCUUUUGUUGGGGAGUGGUGUACCAGGCACCUGGGGUCAGGCUGGGAGCCUGGACCUGCAGAUUGAUGAGGAGCAGCCAGCAGGCACACUGAUUGGGGACAUCAGUGCAGGACUUCCAGCAGGCACAGCAGCUCCUCCCAUGUACUUCAUCUCUGCCCAGGAGGGCAGCGGUGUGGGCACAGACCUGGCCAUAGAUGAACACAGUGGGGUCGUCCGUACAGCUCGUGUCUUAGACCGUGAGCGGCGGGACCGCUACCGCUUCACUGCAGUCACUCCUGAUGGUGCCACUGUAGAAGUGACAGUGCGAGUGACCGACAUCAAUGAUCAUGCUCCAGCCUUCCCACAGGCUCGGGCUGCUCUGCAGAUACCUGAACACACAGCUCUUGGCACCCGCUACCCACUGGAGCCUGCUCGUGAUGCUGAUGCUGGCCGCCUAGGAACCCAGGGCUAUGCACUAUCUGGUGAUGGGGCUGGAGAGACCUUCCGACUGGAGACCCGCCCUGGUCCAGAUGGGGCUCCAGUGCCUGAGCUGGUAAUUACUGGGGAGCUGGACCGGGAGAACCGCUCACACUAUAUGUUGCAGCUGGAGGCCUAUGAUGGUGGUUCACCGCCCCGGAGGGCCCAGGCCCUGCUUGAUGUGACACUAUUGGACAUCAAUGACCAUGCUCCAGCUUUUAAUCAGAGCCGCUACCAUGCUGUGGUUUCAGAGAGCCUGGCCCCUGGCAGUCCUGUCUUGCAGGUAUUUGCUUCUGAUGCUGAUGCUGGUGCUAAUGGGGCUGUGACUUAUGAGAUCAACCGAAGGCAGAGUGAAGGCGAUGGACCCUUCUCCAUUGAUGCACACACAGGAUUGCUGCGGCUGGAGCGGCCACUGGACUUUGAGCAGCGGCGGGUCCAUGAACUGGUGGUGCAGGCACGGGAUGGUGGGGCUCACCCAGAGCUGGGCUCAGCCUUUGUGACUGUGCAUGUGCGAGAUGCCAAUGAUAAUCAGCCCUCCAUGACUGUCAUCUUUCUAAGUGCAGAUGGCUCUCCCCGAGUGUCCGAGGCUGCCCCACCUGGACAGCUCGUUGCUCGCAUUUCUGUGUCAGACCCCGAUGAUGGUGACUUUGCCCACGUCAAUGUGUCCCUGGAGGGUGGAGAGGGCCACUUUGCCCUAAGCACCCAAGACAGUGUCAUCUACCUGGUGUGUGUGGCUCGGCGGCUGGACCGAGAAGAAAGGGAUGCUUAUAACUUGCGGGUUACAGCCACAGACUCAGGCUCGCCCCCACUGCGGGCUGAAGCUGCCUUUGUGCUGCACGUCACUGAUGUCAAUGACAAUGCACCUGCCUUUGACCGCCAGCUUUACCAGCCUGAGCCGUUGCCUGAGGUUGCACUGCCUGGUAGCUUUGUGGUGCGAGUGACGGCCCAGGAUCCUGACCAAGGCACCAAUGGUCAGGUCACCUAUAGCCUGGCCCCUGGGGCUCACACCCACUGGUUCUCCAUUGAUCCCACCUCAGGCAUCAUCACCACGGCUGCCUCCCUGGACUAUGAAUUGGAACCCCAGCCACAGCUGAUUGUGGUGGCCACAGAUGGGGGCCUGCCCCCUCUAGCUUCUUCUGCCACAGUUAGUGUGGCCCUGCAAGACGUGAAUGAUAAUGAGCCCCAGUUCCAAAGGACUUUCUACAAUGCUUCACUGCCUGAGGGUACCCAACCUGGAACCUGUUUCCUGCAGGUGACAGCUACAGAUGUCGAUAGCGGCCUUGGCCUCCUCUCCUAUUCCUUGGGUGCUGGACUUGGGGCCUCUGGGCCUCCCCCGUUCCGCAUUGAUGCCCACAGUGGCGAUGUGUGCACAACCCGGACCCUGGACCGUGAUCAGGGGCCCUCGAGCUUUGACUUCACAGUGACAGCUGUGGAUGGGGGAGGCCUCAAGUCCAUGGUAUAUGUGAAGGUGUUUGUGUCGGACGAGAAUGACAACCCACCUCAGUUUUAUCCUUUGGAGUAUGCUGCCAGUCUAAGUGCUCAGAGUACACCAGGCACAGCUGUGCUAAGAGUGCGUGCCCACGACCCUGACCAGGGACCCCAUGGGCGACUUUCCUAUCACAUCCUGGCUGGUAAUAGCCCCCCACUUUUUGCCUUGGAUGAGCACUCAGGGUUGUUGACAGUUGCUUGGCCCUUGGCCAGACGGGCUAAUUCUGUGGUGCAACUGGAGGUUGGAGCUCAGGAUGGAGGUGGCCUACAGGCAGAACCCAGUGCCCGAGUCAACAUCAGCAUUGUGCCUGGAACCCCCACACCACCAAUAUUUGAGCAACUACAGUAUGUUUUUUCUGUGCCAGAAGAUGUGGCACCAGGCACCAGUGUGGGCAUAGUCCAGGCACACAACCCACCAGGUCGCUUGGGGCCUGUGACCCUUGCCCUAUCAGGCGGGGACCCUCGGGGACUCUUCUCCCUAGAUUCGGCUUCAGGGCUCUUACAGACAGUCCGCCCUCUGGACCGGGAGCUUCUGGGGCCAGUGCUGGAGCUGGAGGUACGAGCAGGCAGUGGAGUGCCCCCAGCUUUCACGGUAGCUCGGGUGCGGGUGCUACUGGAUGAUGUGAAUGACAACUCCCCUGCCUUCCCUACACCUGAAGACACGGUAUUGCUGCCACCAAACACUGCCCUAGGGACUCCCAUCUAUACCCUGCGAGCUCUGGAUCCUGAUUCAGGUGUUAACAGCAGAGUCACCUUUACCCUGCUUGCUGGAGGUGAUGGGGCCUUCACCGUGGACCCCACCACAGGUCAUGUACGGCUUAUAGGACCUCUGGGACCCCCAGGGGGGCCAGCCCAUGAGCUGGAACUAGAGGCCAGGGAUGGAGGUUCCCCACCACGCAACAGCCACUUUCGACUUAGAGUGGUGGUACAGGACUUGGGGACGCGUGGGCUGGCUCCCCGAUUCGACAGCCCUGCCUACCGUGUGGACCUGCCCUCGGGCACCGCCCCUGGAACACAGGUCUUGCAAGUGCAGGCUCAGGCACCAGAUGGGAGCCCUAUAACCUAUCACCUUGCAGCAGAUGGAGCAAGUAGUCCUUUUAGCCUGGAGCCACAGAGUGGGUGGCUGUGGGUACGGGCAGCACUGGACCCUGAGACCCAGGAGUUAUACACACUGAAGGUAAUGGCUGUGUCUGGAUCCAAAGCUGAGUUGGGGCAACAGACAGGCACAGCCACCGUGAGGGUCAGCAUACUCAACCAGAAUGACCACAGUCCCCGCUUGUCUGAAGAGCCCACCUUCCUGGCUGUGGCUGAGAACCAGUCCCCAGGGACCAGUGUGGGCCGGGUUUUUGCCACUGACCGAGACUCUGGACCUAAUGGACGUCUGACCUACAGCCUGCGACAGCUGUCAGAGGACAGCAAGGCCUUCCGUAUCCACCCCCAGACUGGAGAAGUGACCACACUCCAAACUCUGGACCGAGAGCAGCAGAGCAGCUACCAGCUCCUGGUGCAGGUGCAGGAUUCGGGGAGUCCACCCCGUAGCACCACAGGCACCGUGCACAUUGCAGUGCUCGACCUCAAUGACAACAGUCCCACCUUCCUGCAAGCGUCAGGGGCUGCUGGUGGGGGCCUCCCUGUACAGGUCCCAGACCGUGUGCCUCCAGGAACACUUGUAACAACUUUGCAGGCCAAGGAUCCGGAUGAGGGGGAGAAUGGGACCAUCUUGUACACCCUAACUGGUCCUGGCUCAGAGCUCUUCUCUCUGCACCCUCACUCAGGGGAGCUGUUCACUGCAGCAUCCCUGAUUCGAGCAGAGCGGCCCCACUAUGUGCUAACAUUGACGGCUCACGACCAAGGCAGCCCCCCUCGUAGUGCCAGCCUCCAGCUGUUGGUGCAGGUGCUUUCCUCUGUCCGUGUUGCCGAGCCGCCGCCGGAUCUCGCAGAGCCGGACCCAGCGGUGCCAGUGCCUGUGGUGUUGACGGUGACGGCAGCUGAGGGGCUUCGGCCAGGAUCCCUGUUGGGCUCAGUGGCGCCUUCAGAGUCAGCCGGUGUGGGCGCACUCACCUACACACUGGUGGGCGGCGCCGAUCCGGAGGGCACCUUCGCGUUGGACGCAGCCUCAGGGCGUUUGUACCUGGCGCGGCCUUUGGAUUUCGAGGCGGGACCCGCUUGGCGUGCUCUCACGGUGCGGGCGGAGGGGCCGGGAGGUGCGGGCGCGCGGCUGCUGCGAGUGCAGGUGCGCGUGCAGGACGAGAAUGAGCAUGCCCCCGCCUUUGCGCGUGAUCCUUUGGCACUGGCGCUGCCGGAGAACCCUGAGCCCGGGGCGACGCUGUACUCUUUCCGCGCAUCGGACGCAGACGGCCCGGGCCCCAACAGCGAUGUGCGCUACCGCCUGCUGCGCCAGGAGCCGCCAGUGCCGCCUCUUCGCCUGGACGCUCGCACCGGAGCGCUCAGCGCUCCGCGAGGCCUGGACCGGGAGACCACACCUGCGUUGCUGCUGCUUGUGGAGGCUACUGACCGGCCAACCAAUGCCAGCCGCCGCCGCGCAGCGCGCGUUUCUGCGCGCGUCUUUGUCACAGAUGAAAAUGACAACGCGCCGGUCUUCGCCUCGCCCUCACGUGUGCGCCUACCAGAGGAUCAGCCUGCUGGACCCGCAACUCUGCACGUGGUAGCCAGGGAUCCAGACCUGGGGGAGGCUGCACGAGUGUCCUAUCGCCUGGCAGCUGGUGGGGAGGGCCACUUCCGGCUACACUCCAGCACUGGAGCGCUGUCCGUGGUGCGACCUCUUGAUCGGGAGCAGCGAGCUGAGCACAUACUGACCGUGGUGGCCUCAGACCACGGCUCCCCGCCACGCUCGUCCACUCAGCUCCUAACUGUCAGUGUCGUUGACGUCAACGACGAGGCACCUAUUUUCGAGCAGCCGGAGUACAGUGUCCUCUUGCGUGAAAAUAGCCCUGCUGGCACGUCUCUGCUCACUCUUCGAGCAACCGACCCUGACCUGGGGGCCAAUGGGCAAGUGACUUAUGGAGGCAUCUCUGGUGAAAGCUUCUCUCUCGACCCAAACACUGGAGUGCUGACCACCCUUCGGGCCCUGGAUCGAGAGGAGCAGGAGCAGAUCAACCUGACAGUAUAUGCUCGGGAUAGGGGUUCACCCCCUCUGUUAACUCACGUCACGGUGAGAGUGGCUGUAGAGGAUGAGAACGACCAUGCUCCAACCUUUGGGAAUGUCCACCUAUCUUUGGAAGUGCCUGAGGGUCAGGACCCCCAGACUCUUACCAUGCUGAGGGCCUCCGACCCAGAUGUAGGAGCCAAUGGGCAGCUGCAGUACCGCAUCCUUGAUGGGGACCCAUCAGGAGCCUUUACCCUAGAUCUUGCCUCUGGGGAAUUUGGCACCAUGAGGCCACUAGACCGGGAGGUGGAGCCAGCAUUCCAGCUGCGAAUAGAGGCCCGGGAUGGAGGCCAGCCAGCUCUCAGUGCCACUCUACUUGUGACAGUAACAGUGCUGGAUGCCAAUGACCAUGCCCCAGCCUUUCCUGUACCUGCCUACUCUGUGGAGGUGCCUGAGGAUGUACCUGCAGGGACCCUGUUGCUGCAACUACAGGCUCAUGAUCCUGAUGCUGGGGCCAACGGCCAUGUGACCUACUACCUGGGUUCAGGUACAGCAGGGGCCUUCCUGCUGGAGCCUACUUCUGGGGAACUUCGCACAGCCACAGCCCUGGACAGAGAACACUGUUCCAGCUAUGCCUUUUCUGUGAGUGCGGUGGAUGGUGCAGCUGCUGGGCCCUUGAGCACAACAGUGCCUAUCACCAUCACAGUGCGUGAUGUCAAUGAUCAUGCACCCACUUUCCCCACUAGCCCUCUGCGUCUGCGCCUACCCCGCCCAGGUCCCAGCCUCGGUACUCCAACUCUGGCUCUGGCCACACUACGAGCUGAAGAUCGUGAUGCUGGUGCCAAUGCCUCCAUUCUAUACCGGCUGGCAGGCACACCGCCUCCUGGCACUACGGUGGACUCUUACACUGGUGAAAUCCGCGUAGCCCGUUCCCCUGCAGCUCUGGGUCCCCAAGAUCGUGUCCUCUUCAUUGUGGCUACUGACCUUGGCCGUCCAGCUCGCUCUGCCACUGGUGUGGUAAUUGUUGGACUGCAGGGGGAGUCUGAGCGUGGACCCCGCUUUCCCCGGGCUAGUAGUGAAGCUACACUUCGUGAGAAUGCACCCAUAGGGACUCCUAUCAUGUACCCCAAGGCUGCCCACACAGGGGGCUCAAAUGGACCUAUUACCUAUAGCAUUCUCAGUGGGAAUGAGAAAGGGAUAUUCUCCAUCCAGCCUAGUACAGGAGCCAUCACAGUUCGUUCAGCAGAAGGGCUGGACUUUGAGACAAGCCCACGGCUGCGACUAGUCCUGCAGGCAGAGAGUGGAGGAGCCUUUGCUUUCUCUGUCCUGACCUUAACCCUUCAAGAUGCCAAUGACAAUGCUCCACGUUUCCUGAGGCCCCAUUAUGUGGCUUUCCUGCCAGAGUCCCGGCCCUUGGAGGGGCCCUUGCUGCAGGUGGAGGCAGAUGAUCUGGAUCAAGGCUCUGGAGGACAGAUAUCCUAUAGUCUGGCUGCAUCCCAGCCAGCACGGGGCUUAUUCCAUGUAGACCCAGCCACAGGCACUAUCACUACUACAGCCAUCCUGGACCGUGAGAUCUGGGCUGAAGCACGGCUGGUACUGAUGGCCACAGACAGAGGAAGCCCAGCCCUGGUGGGCUCAGCUACCCUGACGGUGAUGGUCAUCGAUUCCAAUGACAAUCGCCCCACUAUCCCCCAGCCCUGGGAGCUCCGAGUGUCUGAAGAUGCACUAUUGGGCUCAGAGAUUGCACAGGUAACAGGGAAUGAUGUGGACUCUGGACCGGUGCUGUGGUAUGUGCUGAGCCCAUCUGGGCCUCAGGAUCCUUUCAGUAUUGGCCGCUAUGGAGGCCGUGUCUCCCUCACGGGUCCCCUGGACUUUGAGCAGCGUGACCACUACCAUCUGCAGCUGCUGGCUCAUGAUGGACCUCACGAGGGCCAUGCCAACCUCACAGUGCUUGUGGAGGAUGUCAACGACAAUGCACCUACCUUCUCACAGAGCCUCUACCAGGUAAUGCUGCUUGAGCACACUCCCCCAGGUAGUGCCAUUCUCUCUGUUUCUGCCACUGACCGGGACUCAGGUGCCAAUGGUCACAUCUCUUACCAUCUGGCUUCCCCUGCUGAAGGCUUCACUGUUGACCCCAACAAUGGAACUUUGUUCACAACAGUAGGAACAGGGGCCUUGGGCCACGAGGGGCCAGGAGUGGUGGAUGUGGUGCUGGAAGCCCGCGACCAUGGGGCUCCAGGCCGGGCAGCACGAGCCACAGUGCAUGUGCAGCUACAGGACCAGAAUGAUCAUGCCCCAAGCUUCACAUUGCCACACUACCGUGUGGCUGUGACUGAAGAUCUACCCCCUGGUUCUACCCUGCUCACCUUGGAGGCCACAGAUGCUGAUGGAAGCCGCACCCAUGCCACUGUGGACUAUAGCAUCAUUAGUGGCAACCGGGGCCGAGUCUUCCAUCUGGAAUCCCGGCUGGCUGAGGCUGGAGAGGGCAUUGGACCAGGCCCCCAGGCACUAGGCUGCCUUGUGUUGCUUGAGCCUCUAGAUUUUGAAAGCCUCACACAGUACAAUCUGACUGUGACUGCAGCUGACCGAGGGCAGCCACCCCGCAGUUCAGUUGUGCCAGUGACCGUCACCGUGCUGGAUGUCAAUGACAACCCACCUGUCUUUACCCGAGCAUCCUACCACGUGACAGUACCUGAGGACAUACCUGUUGGAGCUGAGCUGCUGCACAUGGAGGCUUCCGAUGCUGAUCCUGGCCCUCAUGGCCUUGUGCGUUUCACCCUCAGCUCAGGUGACCCUUUGGGGCUCUUUGAGCUAGAUGAGAGCUCUGGCACCUUGCGACUGGCCCUCCCCCUGGACUGUGAGACCCAGGCUCGCCAUCAGCUUGUAGUACAGGCUGCUGACCCUGCCGGGGCACACUUUGCUUUGGCACCAGUGACAGUUGAGGUCCAGGAUGUGAAUGACCAUGGCCCAGCCUUCCCACUGAACUUGCUCAGCACUAGCCUGGCUGAGAACCAGCCUCCAGGCACUCUUGUGACCACUCUGCAUGCAAUUGAUGGGGAUGCUGGGGCUUUUGGGAGGCUCCGCUAUACCCUGCUGGAGGCUGGGCCUGGGCCUGAGGGUCGUGAGGCUUUUGCGCUCAACAGCUCUACGGGGGAAUUGCGGGCACGAGUGCCCUUUGACUAUGAGCACACGGGAAGCUUUCGGCUGCUGGUGGGUGCUGCUGAUGCUGGGAAUCUCUCAGCUUCUGUCACUGUGUCAGUGCUGGUGACUGGAGAGGAUGAGUAUGACCCAGUGUUCCUGGCUCCAGCUUUCCACUUCCAAGUGCCAGAAGGUGCCCAACGAGGCCACAGCCUGGGUCACGUUCAGGCCACGGAUGAGGAUGGGGGUGCUGAUGGCCUGGUGCUCUAUUCCCUUGCCACCUCUUCCCCCUAUUUUGGUAUCAACCAGACUACAGGUGUCCUGUAUCUGCGGGUGGACAGUCAGGCACCAGGCAGUGGAACAACUACCUCUGGGGGUGGGGGCCGGACCCGGCGUGAAGCACCACGGGAGCUGAGGCUAGAGGUAGUAGCACGAGGGCCUCUGCCUGGUUCCAGAAGUGCCACGGUGCCUGUGACUAUAGAUAUCACCCACACAGCUCUAGGCCUGGCACCUGACCUUAACCUGCUAUUGGUGGGGGCUGUGGCAGCCUCCUUGGGGGUUGUGGUGGUGCUUGCACUGGCAGCCCUGGUCCUAGGGCUUGUUCGGGCCCGCAGCCGGAAGGCUGAGGCAGCCCCUGGCCCAAUGUCACAGGCAGCACCCCUAGCCAGUGGCUCCCUGCAGAAGCUUGGCCGGGAGCCACCCAGUCCACCACCAUCAGAGCACCUGUAUCACCAGACUCUCCCCAGCUAUGGUGGGCCAGGAGCUGGAGGACCUUACCCCCGUGGUGGCUCCCUGGACCCUUCACACUCAAGUGGCCGAGGCUCAGCAGAGGCUGCGGAGGAUGACGAGAUCCGCAUGAUCAACGAGUUCCCCCGUGUGGCCAGUGUGGCCUCCUCCCUGGCUGCCCGUGGCCCUGACUCAGGCAUCCAGCAGGAUGCAGAUGGACUGAGUGACACGUCCUGUGAGCCGCCUGCCCCUGACACCUGGUAUAAGGGUCGAAAGGCAGGGUUGCUGCUGCCAGGUGCAGGAGCCACUCUGUACCGAGAGGAGGGACCCCCAGCCACUGCCACAGCCUUCCUGGGGGGCUGUGGCCUGAGCCCCGCAACCACGGGGGACUAUGGCUUCCCAGCAGAUGGCAAACCAUGUGUGGCAGGUGCACUGACCGCCAUUGUGGCUGGCGAGGAGGAGCUUCGCGGCAGCUAUAACUGGGACUACCUGCUGAGCUGGUGCCCUCAGUUCCAGCCACUGGCCAGUGUCUUCACAGAGAUCGCUCGGCUCAAGGAUGAAGCGCGGCCAUGUCCCCCUGCUCCCCGUAUUGACCCGCCGCCCCUCAUCACUGCUGUGGCCCACCCAGGAGCCAAGUCUGUGCCCCCCAAGCCUGCAAGCACAGCUGCAGCACGGGCCAUCUUCCCACCAUCCUCUCACCGCUCCCCCAUCAGCCAUGAAGGCUCUUUGUCUUCAGCUGCCAUGUCCCCCAGCUUCUCACCCUCGCUGUCUCCUCUGGCUGCUCGCUCACCCGUUGUCUCACCAUUUGGGGUGGCCCAGGGCCCCUCAGCUUCAGCACUCAGCACAGAGUCUGGCCUGGAGCCACCUGAUGACACGGAGCUGCACAUCUAGCUGUGGCCCAGGCUGGGCCCCGACCUGGGAUGCGCACAGUGUCCCCAAUGCAGGCCCCACUCUGAGCCUGCCAUGGGCAGCCUCGGACCAUGACUGGCCACAGGGAGGCCACUGUCAAGCCCCAGCUCUCUGCCCCAAAUUCUUCCAGUGGGGGCAAGUCCCACAUUCAUCCCAGUCAGGUCCAUUGUGGGAAGGAAUAUGAAGGAGGCAGCAGCCCUUGGUUCUCCUCAGGGAGGACUUCCUGCCCUGUGCCAGCACCCUGAUGGAGCAAGACUUUUAUUUAUUGGGGGGGUAGGGGAAUGGGGAAGGUCCCUCUAGCCCGUUUGGACCCAGCUCCUUUGGGUUCCACUGACACCCCUGCCCCUGCCCAGGAACAAGUGCCAAUUCUCACUCUGGAGCCUUAAUAAACUGCAGUUUGUAUCCAGCCUCCAGCUGUGUUCUGUGGGGAUGACUAGAAGGCACCUAUUGUGGACAUGUGGACACCUAGGAUGGGGAUUGCACCAGGAGCUCAGGAGCCUAGCCUGAGACUGACAGUCAUAUCUCUUCAGUCUUUUCCUUCUAAUGUGGGCCAGAGGCCAGCUGAGACAGGAGGAAUGCAAGUUUGAGACCAGCUUUAGCAACUUAGCAAGAAACUAUCAAAAAAUAGAAAGGACUGGGGAUGCAGCUCAGUGGUAAGAUGUCCCCAGGUUCCCCAAUAUCCGCCCCACAAAAAAAGGAGUAGCCAAGUGAAGUGAUAUUUUUCCCCCUUGGAGCUUAAGAGCUCACAUCUGUUGAGUCGUUGCCAUGUCAGGCCCUGCUGGGCAAUUUGCUGCUUUAACUUG